CACAUCCCCCCUCCUCCUCUUCGUUCCACCGUCUCCCCCGCCAGUCUCGUCCAGACGACCAGGGUAUAAAACCCCCUCGCUCGAAGGGAAACCCCGCGCAAAUCCAUCAUCCCACCCGCGCCUGUCUCGCCUCGUCUUGCCCCCGACCUCUGAUCCUCUGAAUGAGCCUAUUUUCCUGCUGUUCUUCUCGCGGCCGUGCUCCUUCGAGUCGUCCAGAUCCCUUCCCCGACAAAGCUCCUCCCACGAUGGCGGAGGUACAAUUUCUCGCCCUCACCACCAAACCCUCGGCGCAGCUGGCCUACACCUUCCAGGCGCCCGAGGCCACCACCACCCCAGUCCUGGUCGUCUUCCUCAACGGGCUGGGCCUCCCGCAAGCCUUCUGGCAGCCCGUCAUCCGCCAACUCCAGACCCUCCGCCAGGGCCACCCCCUCCCCGCCUUCCUGACGUACGACCGCUACGGCCAAGGGCAGACCACCGAUCGCGAUCCGCAGGAUGCGGACGCCGCGGAUCCCACCCACGGCCACGACUGCCUCGCCGCGGUGCAGGAUCUGCGGCAAUUGCUGGUGCAGAUCACGCGCGACCAGCUGGGCGUCUCCGAUCUGGCGACGGUGCGCCUGGUGCUGGUGGGCAACUCGAUCGGGUGCGCGCUGGCCCGCCUCUACGCGCAGGAAUACCCCGGCACCGUCGCCGCCCUCCUGCUUCUCGACAGCGUCCUGGCCAACUCGGACUUUGUCUCCGUCUUCCCCGACCCGGACGCCCCGGGCUUCGACCCCGCUUCCAUCGCCCCCAUCCCCGUCGAGGCAAUCCGCGCGGUCCGCGCCGGCGCCCGUCGCGUCUUUCACCCCGAGGUGGGGAGUAAAGAGGGCCUCAGCCGACGGAAUCUGCGCCAGUUGCUGCCGCACAGUGAUGGGCCCCCGUUGCAGGGUCCGGACGGACAUGGGCCCUAUGUGACGGUCGUGGGCCACGAUUUUGACGCUUUCGCGGCGGAGUCGGCGAAGAUGGGCCCGCCGGCGCCGGUCACCAACCGCUUUGUGAACCCCUACUGGCAGCGCUACAAUGAGGGGCUGGCGCAGAUCACUGCGCCGGAGUAUAGCAUGGGUCCGGUGAUUGCGCCCAACGCGGGUCACUUCGUGCAGAAGGAUAAUCCGGAGUUUGUGGCGCAGGAGCUGAAUGCAUUGCUGGAGAAGGUGUUGUAGGGUAUAAUCAGUGGUUAGGAGAUAGUAUGAAAAUUGAUGUUAUUCUCAGUGCUU